CGGAAGGCCUCGGGUACCAGGCUAACCGGUUAAAACAUUCUGCUAUUCUCGGUCGUUUACCGUACCCUUUCUCAAAUCGAACGAGGUGUACCGAGUGAAAUCAACAGCAUGCUUCAACUUCCGGAAGAAACAACGCGUCUUCAGGGUCUUCGGAAAUCGUUGUUUUGAUUCGAACUAAAUUAAUAAGACGCAAGCAUGAUUGGUGGAGCGAGUCACGGGGACUCUGAAGUUAAAAACAGAGAAUUAAUGUACAGACUAAUGAUCAGUCAAUUGUUUUAUGACGGACAUCAGCAACUAGCAGUUCAACUUUCUAACAUAGCCAAAGCACAUCCCGCCUGCCCACCCUCAGAUCGAUUGUUUAAAGUCGUCAAAUUGGGCUUAGAUGCUGAGGAAGAACUUUCUGGCAGGAAGAGAAUCGGAGAACAAAAUAUUGCUCCGGGUACAGGAAUUGACUUGGAGUAUGAAACAGACGUGCAGUCCAUUUCACCGGAGGGUGCUCUUUAUGAGACCUGCUAUGUCACAGCACACAAAGGGCCGUGUCGGGCAGGGGCAUUCCACUCCUCGGGGAAACUCAUCGCUACGGGAUCUGAAGAUGCUUCCAUCAAGAUUUUAGAUGUUGACAGAAUGCUGGCAAAAAGUGCCACUCCAGCAGAAAUAAUUGCCAUGGAAACACCACAACAAGCUAUGGAAAAUCACCCUGUCAUCCGAACUUUAUACGACCACAUGGAUGAGGUCACAUGUUUAGAUUUCCAUCCCUCACAUUCGAUUCUCGCAUCAGGCAGCACAGACUUCAGUGUUCGAUUCUUUGAAUACUCCAAGCCCUCAGUGAAGAAGGCCUACAAAAGUAUACAGGAAUCUGUCCCAGUGAGGUGCUUGUCAUUUCAUCCAUCAGGAGACUUCCUUCUAGUAGGGGUAGAUCAUCCAACAGUUCGAUUGUAUGAUGUCAACACCUUCCAGUGUUUUGUCGGCAGAAACCCCAGCACACAUCACACAUUACCUGUAUCUGCAGCUAAGUGGAGUCCCAAUGCUAAUUUGUAUGCCACAGGCUCGGUAGACGGAGAUAUAAAAGUGUGGGACGGUGUUAGUAAUCUAGUGAUCAGCACAUUCAAGAAAGCUCACGACGGAGAGGAAGUGUGUUCCGUCACCUUCUCCAGGAACUCAAAGUACAUUCUAUCCUCGGGGAAGGACUCCCUGGUCAAGCUGUGGGAGUUAUCAACUAACCGGUGCCUGAUUGUGUACACAGGGGCUGGAAUGACUGGAAAGAUGGACCAGGGGUCACAGGCUGUGUUCAACCACACAGAGGACUACAUCUUCUUCCCUGAUGAAAACACCACUUCUCUGUGUUGCUGGGACUCCAGAAAUGCUGAACGACAGAGACUACUGGCCUUAGGUCACAAUGGGGCGGUGCGGUACAUAGGCCACUCCCCCACAGGUCCUUCCUUCAUCACCUGCAGUGAGGAUUUCCGGGCCCGGUUCUGGUACAGGAAGGCAGAUACAGACUGAUCAUCAUUUUGUACAACCAAUCGCAUUGUUUUUAUUUUGUACAAUGUUAAAUAAAACUCAAGAUUUG